AUGGAAGAAUCAAUGAAUGGAGAGAUUCAACAAGAAUCAGCUACUUCAAUAGAAUAUGAAAAUGAAAACUCUGAAAUUCAGAAUCGAGCAUACACUUCAGGUGGAAUUGAAAAUCAAAAUGGAAAGUUGGUAAACGACAUCAAAAAAAUGCUUGAAAUGGCGGAGUGUACAUCCUUAAUUAAGUGUCGUAUCAACAGGGUUCCAUGUCAACUUCGCAAAGUGUAUGAACAAGCUUACACUCCUACAUUUAUUUCCAUUGGCCCUUUUCACCACUUCAACAAAGAUUUUCAAACCCUAGAAAACUUGAAAGUAAGACUGCACGAUAAUGAUUUUGUGAAAAUGAUCCUUAUGGAUUCAAUCUGCAUUCUAGAGCUUUUCUUGAGAAAUUAUUAUCGACUAUGGGAAAGUGAUGAUCCUAAGUUAGCAGACCAAUGGAUGACUCCUUUAUUGAUGCUUGACUUGCUUACUUUUCUGUACUUUAAUUGUUUCAAUGUUCAAAACAUAACUCCCACAGCUGUGAAGAUAGAACACUACGCCGAUUUGGUUAGAACCUUUCAGCUACCUCCAAUCCUAAGCCUAACGGGAAGACAAAUUGAAGUGGAAAAUUUUUGGUAUUCUGCAAAGGAUCUCGUUGAGGCCGGAGCAAAGUUUAAGGUGAGUUCAAGCCGUUGCUUACUUGACUUAAAAUUCAACUUCAAAUACGGACUGUUGGAAAUGCCAUUGUUGGUGUUAAAUAAUCUUACAGAAGCUCUUAUUGAAAACCUUAUGGCAUUAGAGCUAUUUCGUCAUGGGGAAAACAAAUACAUUAUGGAUUACUUUUACAUCUUGGGUUUCCUUGUCAAUACUAAUAAGGAUAUGGAUUUACUUUGCGACAAGGGAAUCGUGGUUAAUUAUCUACGCGACAACGAAGCAGCAACAUCCAUGGUCAAAAAUCUUUGCACCAAUUUCUCAUGGUCAUGUAUGAACUCAGAUUAUAACAAUAUCUGUAAAGAGUUGAAUGCAUUUUAUGAAAAACCUCUGCACAGGUGGAAGGCAUUUUUAAGGCAUGAAUAUUUUAGCACUCCUUUGAAAGUUGCUUCUUCAAUCCCUGGUUUAAUCCUUCUGGUGCUCACGCUGCUACAAACCGUAUUCGCCAUCUUGCAAGUUGUGUUCAAGCAUUAA